AACUAAGGUCUACAUAGUGUAAGUAAACCCAACUCUCUCAAACCCACAAAUAGAUAUCAUUAUCUUAUUACCUCACACAAGCGCGCACACAAAAUAAAAGCUUGCGCUCAUGUAAAAUUGUUUACGGUGGAUGGAGUUAUUCUCCUUUGUUUAUUUAUUUUUCUGAAGAGUAAUUGUUGUUGUUGAAUCUCAUUGUUACUAUAGGUAUUACUCCUUGUAUGGGCAUGUGGAGCAUAUGGCACGAGAAAUUCAACGAGGAGCCAACUCGGUUCAAGGAGUUGAAGCAACACUAUGGCAGGUACCUGAGACGCUCCAUAAUCAAGUAUUAGAAAAGAUGAAGGCUCCUUCUAAAGCAAAUGAUGUGCGAGAGAUCAAGCCGGAACAACUUUUGGAAGCUGAUGGCUUUAUCUUUGGUUCUCCUUCUCGUUUUGGCAUGAUGGCAGCCCAAUUCAAGGCCUUCUUUGAUGCCAGCCAUGAGUUAUGGGCAUCACAAGCACUAGCUGGUAAACCUGCUGGAGUGUUCUGGAGCACUGGUUUCCAUGGGGGAGGUCAGGAGCUUACCGCAUUAACAUUCAUUACACAGUUGGCACAUCAUGGAAUGAUAUUUGUCCCUCUUGGCUACACUUUUGGUAAUGGGAUGUUUGAGAUGGAGCAGGUGAAGGGUGGAUCUUGCUAUGGUUCUGGAACAUAUGCAGGAGGUGGGUCUCGUCAGCCAACAGAGCUAGAAUUUCAACAGGCCUUUUAUCAGGGCAAGUAUGUGGCUGAAAUUGCAAAAAAGCUCAAAAUUCAGCUCAUUCCAGCAUAACACAUGCCCAUUCCUGUCGUAGAAUCCGAGGAUACAUAGAAUAUCUUAAUGGAAAUAAGAAUUGAAAAAUAUUGGUGUAUAAUUACUGUUUUUGGUUGCGUUUGUAGCUAUAUUUGUAACAGUAAUAGGAAAAGAAGCAAUGACUUAUAAUCAAGAUGUAACUGUAGGGCAUGAAUGGAGCAUUUUUCUUGAUAAAGGUUCACUCGAGG